CAGACCCUGCUGAGACACAAAAACAGAUAAUCAAAAAGAGAGCCACUGCUCGAAAACAGGCCUGGAAACAGUUGAGACUUACAACUCCCGUCGCCCUGCAGGGCAGAAAACACAUUGAUGUACAGACAGGUAAAACAUUUUUCUUGAGAACUUCAGAACAUUUAAUGCGGUGAUUUUGGAAACCAGGAGUGCUUUUAAAAUUAUGGCCUAUUUUCAGAACUUUACCUUGAAGAACUGAGUGAUAAUAUUGUAGCUACACAUAAGGAGUGUCAGACUGAUGCUUUCCUGGACAAACCAUCAACUCCCCUCUUCAUACCUGCCAAAUCUGGCAAAGAUGUUGGCACACAGAUAGAGGAAGGAGAGGUAACUGGCAACUCUGGCACAGUUUUCUUUUACCCUGGCAUUAGCCUUUUUUUAAUUUAAUUUAAUUUUUUUUUAAAGGAAAACUCCAUUAAUCUUACAUAGUCUUAUCUUAAAAGUCAAAGUGAACUUAAUUGCCAAUAUCUCUACGUGUGCAGUACAUAGAACGAAAUUGAAAUGCUAUUUCUCAGAGUCCCAGUGUACAAAAAGAAAAAAUAUAAAUAUAUAUAAAGAAUACAAUACCCAUUUGAAAUUAUCAUUGUCAUCUCUGAUGCUAAUGAAUAACAAAUUAUAGAAUAUAUGUGAGUUUGAAGAAAUGAAACCUAAUGUUUAAACUGUGCAAAAGACCACUUACUUUAAGUAUCCCCUGCAGUUGUUUGACUUUGACAGGGAAGUACAGCCAGUGCUGGAGGUCUUAGUGGGUAAGACAGUUGAACAGGCUCUGCUAGAGGUGAUGGAAGAGGAGGAGCUGGCGUGUCUGAAUGCCCAGCAGAGGGCCUUUGAAGAGCUCAGACAUCAUGAGCUGGCAGAGGUGGAGCGGCUUCAGGAGCAGGAGAGACGCCACACUGAGGAGAAAGAGCGUAGAGUUGCACAGCAGAAAGAGGUGUUGAAGAAAGAAAGAGAGACUGCAGAGAAGAUUGCUGCCCGGGCAUACACGCAGCAGUACUUGGCUGAUCUCCUACCUGCAGUCUUUACCUCACUGAGAAGCCAUGGCUACUUUCACGACCCUGUGGAGAAAGAUAUUGAGAUGAAUUUCUUCCCAUGGCUAAUGGCUGAGGUUGACAACAUUCUGGAGAAGAGAUACAUAGCAAGGGAGAUGCUGGACACCAUCAUCUGUGAUGUCACGGAGAAAAGUCUUGAGGAGUUCCAAGAGUUGGAGACACAGUCACCCAGAAACUGGCAGAUUUAGUGCAUCCACGUAUUUUGUGAAAUAAAGUGUUUUUAUGGCAUGUGUA